ACUUGCUGCGUCAUCCUUCCUCCUAUCUAACCUUCCGUCAUUACCGGCUGAAGAAGGGAGGCAGCAGCGAUGGUGACGGCGGACCACCUCGCUCUCGUCUUCUUCUCCUUUGCCGUGGGCUUCGCUCUGUUCUCGAUGCUGUUGUUGUUGCUGCGGAAGCGGCGGUGGUGCACCUGCCAUGUGUGCAGGGCCUACCUGAGCUCGUCGUGGGCCGCCGAGUUCGACAACCUCUGCGACUGGCACGCGCACCUCCUCCGGGAGUCACCCACGGGCACCAUCCACGUCCACGUCCUGGGGAGCACCAUCACCGCCAAUCCGACCAACGUCGAGUACAUGCUCAAGACCCGGUUCGACAACUUUCCCAAGGGAAAGGGUUUCUCGGCCCUCCUCGGUGACCUCCUCGGCGAUGGCAUCUUCAACGUCGAUGGCGACUCGUGGCGGUUCCAGCGCAAGAUGGCGAGCCUUGCGCUCGGCAGCAUCUCCGUGCGUUCGUACGCGCUGGGGAUUGUUUCCAGCGAGAUCAGCCGAAAACUUCUUCCGCUGCUGUCGUCGGUGGCCGACAGACGAGACGGCGUCGUGGACCUCCAAGAUGUGUUCCGCAGAUUCGCAUUCGACACCAUAUGCAAGAUCUCCUUUGGGCUGGACAGGAGCUGUCUCGAGCGGUCGAUGCCCAUGUCGGAGUUUGCGGCCGCCUUCGACGCCGCUUCAAAGCUGUUGGCGCGGCGGGGGAUGGCGACGGCGUCGAUGCUUUGGAAGCUGAAGCGGUUGUUCAACGUCGGAUCCGAGAGGAAGCUGAGGCGGGCGAUCCGGAAGAUCAACAUGCUGGCAGAGGAUAUCAUACGGCAACGCCGGAGGCUGGGUUUCACAUCCGGCCACGACCUCCUCUCUCGUUUCAUGUGCUUGGUGGACGACGACGACAAGUUCCUCCGCGAUAUAGUCAUCAGCUUCCUCUUGGCCGGCCGAGACGCAGUCGCCUCCGGCCUCACCAGCUUCUUCCUGCUCCUGUCGCAGAAUCCAUACACCGCGGCGGCGAUGCGCGACGAGAUAGCCGGCGUGAUAAAGGACGGCAACGAGGACACGGUGAACUACGAGCAGCUGAAGGAGAUGCACUACGUGCAUGCGGUGCUCUACGAGAGCCUGCGCCUCUUCCCGCCGGUACAGUUCGACUCAAAGUUCUGCCUCGAGGACGACGUGCUCCCGGACGGCACCUUUGUGAGCAAGAACACGAGGGUGACGUACCACCCGUACGCCAUGGGGCGGAUGGAGAGCAUAUGGGGGCCCGACUGCAGGGAGUUCAAGCCGGAGCGGUGGCUCCGCGGCGGGGUGUUUACGCCGGCGAACCUAUUCAACUACCCGGUGUUCCAGGCCGGGCAGAGGGUGUGCCUCGGCAAGGAGCUGGCGCUGGAGGAGAUGAAGGCUGUGGUCGUCUCCGUCGUCAGCAAGUUCGACGUCGAGGUGCUUCAGGGUGCCCAGCCGCUGAAGUUCGACGUCGGGCUCACGGCUACCAUCAACGGAGGCGUGUCCGCUCGGGUGAGCCGGCGAUCGUAGAUCCCAUAAUGUCAUGGUCAAUAUGGUUCCCUGUUUUUUUGGCACCUGAGAAGGUGCUUAGUUUCUUCCUCCAUCGUUCUGAUCUGUUGCAAUGAUAUGUACAGAUUAAGACAAAAUAUAUCAUACUACUAUUUGAACAAUAA